GGCUAGUCUUUGCUAUAGGAGGGCGACCUCUUAGGCAGAGUUCUUGAGUUUUUGGAACUCACGAACUGUGAAUAGCAGGGAUGCAUUUUAAGUAGGUGCAAACAUACUGGCCUGCUGAUCUUCUGGCCAGAAUUUCUAAAAUUCUGUCAGUUAAAGAGCGUCUCGCUUUAUCCUCAAUUGAAAUAUCAAAUCAAGCAAAGCUAUUCAAUACCAACUAUCUAGUAACAGCUAUGCUUUGAUCAAACAUUGGAAGAAGGCUCUUAAUGACAAAGAGGAGGUGUUUUUACAACAACCUUCUCCUACAAACAGAGAAGAAAUGGCAAUCGCCAACAUUCUGUCUACCUUGUUUUUAUUCGACAAUGAAUCAACGAGAAAAACCGGCAGAUCUGUUCGAUACAAGUAUAAACAGUCUGAAAUAGACUUUAUUAUCAAGUUUGUCUCCGUUCUGAUUCAAAACACCUUUUCCUCCAGCAACAGAAUCUCUAUUGAUUGGGAUACCUCUUCUUUUGCGUUGCUAGAAGAAGCGCCUAAGGGAGUAUCUUACCACACGCCCGGAUAUCAUAAUGAUUUAUUAUAAAGAAUUGAUAGACAUCGACAGAGCAAGAAUGGCUGAAAUUUGCAAAAGGCAAUUACACCUUCGCCUUCAAAAAAGUUCAUCCACCAAAGAACACUGUGCAUUUGGAAUACUUGUUGGAGGAAUGAUGUCGGAACUUACAAAGCUGGAACUUGACAAUGGAAAAUACAAUUAUUCAAUUCUGAAGACAAUUGAAAUUCCAGGACGAAAAGAAGCCUAUGAAUCAAUUGAAAAAAUAUUUGAAA